AUGAACCCAGAUAACCUGACCUGGGCCAGGAUGGCCCCUGCUGAAUUCAUCCUCCUGGGCAUCACUAAUCACUGGGAUCUGUGCAUAACCCUCUUCCUGGUCCUCCUGCCCAUCUACCUGGUGAGCCUGCUGGGAAAUGUGGGCAUGGUGCUGUUGAUCCACAUGGAUACCCAGCUCCACACCCCUAUGUACUUCUUCCCAGCCAACCUCUCCCUGCUGGAUGCCUGCUAUUCUUCAGCCAUCAGCCCCAAAAUGCUAGUGGACCUGCUGCUGCCCCGCACCACCAUCUCUUACACAGCCUGUGCCCUGCAGAUGUUUGUCUUUGCAGGACUGGCUGAUGCUGAGUGUUGCCUGUUGGCAGCCAUGGCCUAUGACCGCUACAUGGCCAUUGGGAACCCUCUUCUCUAUGCAACAGCCAUGUCAUGGCAUCUGUGCCUGGCCUUGCUGGGAGCAUCAGGCCUGGGUGGCACAGUCAGCACCUUUGUCCACAUGACCUUCACCUUCCGCCUGAGCUUCUGCCACUCCCAUGAGAUCAACAGCUUCUUCUGUGAUAUCCCUCCACUGCUGGCCAUCUCAUAUGAUAUUAGUCUCAAUGAACUCCUCCUCUUUGCCAUCUCUGGCUUCAUCCAGAUGGCCACAGUGUUGGCUAUUGUCGUGUCUUAUGGAUUCAUUGCUGGGGCUGUGAUCUGCAUGCGCUCAGCCGAGGGCCGUCGGUGAGCAGCCUCUACCUGUGGCUCCCAUCUCACAGCUGUGGCUAUGCUAUAUGGGACACUCAUUUUCAUGUACCUGCAUCCUAGCUCCAGCUAUGCCCUGGACACCGACAAGAUGGCAUCUGUGUUCUACACACUUGUCAUCCCAGCUCUCAACCCGCUCAUCUAUAGUCUCCACAACAAGGAGGUCAAGGAUGCCCUCAGGAGGACCUGGAGCCAUCUCUACUGUCAAGGGCAGGAGCACCAAUAA